AUGGAACCUAAAGGAUACAAAAAAGAAAUCCAAAGAAAUAUAGAUGCCCCUUCUUGUGGAAUUUGCUUUGAACAUUAUGACUCAGAAAACAAAACCCCUAAGCUUCUUGAUUGUGCUCAUACUAUCUGCCAAGAAUGUGUCACAACAUACACAAAGGCAAAUUCUAUAUUAUGUCCAUUCUGCCAACAGCCAACUGAUCUAAAUGUAAAGGCCCUUAAAACAAAUUUUGCUUUAUUAGAAAUUGCGCAUGAAGAAAAAACUGCUAUUCUUUGUGUGACUCAUGGGGAGCAAGUUAUUGCUUUUUGCGAAUUUGAUAAUUUAUUGCUAUGCAUUCAGUGCAUUACCAAUCAUAGAGGGCAUGCUUUUUUCCCUUUAGCUGACCCUGAAGCAGCUGUUUACCCUACAAAAAUCCUUAAAAAGCUGGAAGCCAAUCAACAGCAAUUCCAAGAAGGUUUGCAAUGGUGCCAUGAAAAGAAAACCUCUGUGCAAAAUCUUAUCAAUACUCAUACUGAAGGAUAUAGACAAGCAGAACAAAAAUUGAUUGAGCAAAUCCAGAAGAGCACUAAUGAUUGUAUCGCAUUUUUGACUGAUAUUGGGAAUCUGGAGCAUUUAGAUAAAACUGAAGCAUUGAUAAAUAAUGGAUUACAAGAGAUCCAAAAAAGUAUUGAUAUAAUUAAAAAUGCCAAAAAAGGUGCAAGCAACUUAGCUGAAUUAAUAUAUUUAUCAAGCUUACAAAAAAGUUCAAAUAAAGUUCCAAUUUAUAAAGAAAAUGAAGAGAGAUAUGCAUUAGAAGGUUAUAUUGAUUAUUAUGGGAACAUAUUAGAAAAUUGUGAGCUGAGCUCUAAAAAUAUUACGAAAGCUAAUGAAAAUAAAAAUUUGCCUAUUAACCCAAGCUAUUUAAAACUUUUUUCACCAAAUACAAGAUUGAUAACUGUUGACCUUAAAACAUCUCAAAAAUAUGAAAAUCCUGUGUUACUUGAACGACAUACACCUAUUGCUUUAAGUGGAUAUGCCUGCAUUGUCCCAAUCCCAAAUGAUAUGAUAUUCUGCUUCGGAAAUAACAGCAGUGGAAGGUUCACAGGUGAAACAUACAUAAUCAAUCAAAAUUUUUCUGCAAGACCUCUUUUUAACGGCACUCCUUGUGUUGGUUCCAAUGGAGUUUAUUUAGAUGGAUCUGUCUAUGUAUUUGGAGGAUUCAAUGGGAGAUAUAUGAAUCUUGCAGAGAAAUAUGAUUUAUCACAAAAUAAAUGGAUUAAGCUAAAUAAUCUGCCAUCAGCUUCAGGAUAUUGUCCAAGUGUAUGCCUAUUUGACGGAGAAAUAAUAAUUAGUGGCUAUAAGCUUCCAUGCGCUUAUAAAUAUACUCCAGAAAAUUCAACCUAUGCGACACUUCCUCCACAACUAAAACAAGACAGUGCUAAAGUUAUUUGUAGUGAUAAUAAAAAAGUAUAUAUUAUUGAUCCUUUAGGGCCAUCAUAUGAAAGUGAAGAAAAUGAUGUUUGAAGAUGAAAUUCUAUAGGCCAAAUUGUUUCGCCGCAAAAAGACGCAUUUUCAUAUAAAACAGUUUAUCAAAAUUUUGUUUAUUUCUUUUCUGAAUAUAUACUAUAUUAUAUAAAAAUAUUAAUAAAAUAAUUAUUUGCAAUUAAGAUAUUAUUAUAUAAGCUAUUAUACAUUGGUAGCCUUUAAUCUCAAAGAAAAGAAAUUCCAAUCCAUUAAAGAAGACAUUAGGAAUUAA